UUCCCCGAGGGAAGUUCCCCAAGCGUUAUAAUGCAUGUACAAUGAACAUUUGAAUGAAAUACACCACUCCCGCACGUAGUAAAUGUAGGCCACCUGAAGAAUAAUAACUUUUCGCAGUAUCAAAACAAUAAUUUGGACAUAUUCGAAUGAAGGCCUCAUGACUGCUGUGUCAGUGAUGAUCGUGGAGCACACAGCAUGGAGAGGAAUAUUGGAGAUCAACUCAACAAGGCCUAUGAAGCUUACCGCCAGGCCUCUAUCGAGAGAGACAAUGCCAAAAAGGAACUACAGCAGAUGAAUGUAAAUUAUGAACGGCACACUCAGAAACUUCAGGAACAGAUAGAAGACCAGCAGCAGUUGAUUUCGAUACUCAAAGCUCAGUUGAUAUCAGCAACUAAGCAACCCUCAGGAGAGGUCAAAGGUGAGGCUGCUCCUAGAAAACAGGAAGAAGAAACCUUGUCUCCUUCCAACCCUCUCUUUGACAACCCAGGAAGCUCCUUGAGGAAGAUUCAUUACUUGAAGGAAAAUAUGGAAACUGCUGUGAUUGUGUCAUCUUCACCACACACAGCACCAGUAGCCAGCAGUUUUGAGAAUAAAGAUGUUCUUGAAGUGUUUCAAGCUCUUCGGGGGAAAUUCCAGCAGAUACGUACAUUAACCCAGAGACAAAAAGAUCACCUGAAAAAAAUCUACAGAGGAAAUGACAUGGCAAAUGAGCAGCAGUUCUCCAUGCCCAUUCAGUGUACAGACGUGGCCGUGGAGCAGGCGGAGAGGCCCUUCCCCUCAGCCUUGAGGCCAGGGGUCGACCUCCAGCACCCGCCCAUGUCCCUGGCAUCCCGCGGUGCAAGCCCAGAGGACACGAACCAAGUGGACUCCCUCACCACACUCAGCAUCAAGUUCCCCCCCUCCACAGACAGUGAAUACGAGUUCCUGAACAGCGCUCCGGAAAAACGCAUUGACCUGUCCAUGCCAAGCCCAGGAGUCAGCACUUUCUCUGCCGUCAUAGAGCCCCCAAGGCGCCCUGAGCUUUGCGACGCUACUACAGCAACAGCAGCGCAGGCCGUGAGUGCGGAACAGCAACAACAGAUGAACAACAACAGCCCUGAUAUAUGUACCUACUGCAACGCGGUAGUUCCCGAAGAGCACAUGCACAGCCACCUUUAUACUCAUUGCCAGAGUGAGAGUGAAGCCAGCAAUUGACACUAGCAGACAGUGGCUGCCCAAUACAACAACUCUAGGGUUGAUUCAUGGUUAAUUCAUGUCUUUGUUGCCACGCCAUGAAUUACACGCACUCUGCUGGAUGUCACAUGACACUGGCGUUUUGGGACUUGAAUCCACUCUCAAUCAUUUAUUUAAUUUGUAAGAGGUUAAUGGUACAUUUUACAGUUUUGUCUUAAAAUAUUACUUGGAAAUUGUACGUCGACCUAUGAAAUGAUAUUGUACAGUAUCGGUCUGAGUGUAAUAAAGCAAACAUUUAAUCAUGAUUUUUCA